GACUGAGUGUACUGCACGCGCUGCAUCAACAGUAAUUUCACAAGCAACGUGUUAAGUGGGAAUGGGUAGCAUCCAGGUUUGCAAAAUUUGAAACUGAAGUGUUGGAAAUUUGAGUUAUUACAGCAGAUGGCUUUUGGGAGGAUUUGGCUUCCCAUGGUUUCAUUUUAAUCUUUUCCCUCUUUCUCUUUCUCUUUAUCUCUCUUUCUCUGUGUGUGUGAGAAUUAUCAUACUUGUUAAUGACUCAACUUUCUUAGGUCAGACUUCAUGAGUUUGUGGUCCAUCAUGUGUUCAUGGCUGAGCAUCCCUUUGAACUUACUAGAAACAUACCAUCAAAUUAGUCUAAGCAGAUAAUUAUGGCUGUACAUUCUGAUUCGGGUUCAUCACAGACAAAAUCAAGCAAUGGAGGAAAUGAGUUGCUGACUUUUAAUGCUGAAAAUAUGCAAAGCAACAUGAAAAUUAUCUAUUACAGCCGAACAUUUUUAUCUAUAAUUGGUGGAGUUGUUGCUGGUAUUUUGGGAUUUACAGGCUUGAAAGGAUUUGUCUUUUACUUACUUCUCAUGGCAGUUACAUCUCUUGGGCUUGUUGCCAAAGCAAGAUUUUCAAUACACACUUACUUUGACUCGUGGAAUCAAGUACUACUUGAUGGCUUUCUGGGUGGCCUAAUGUCGUUCGUGCUGUUUUGGACAUUUGCAUAUGACAUUGUUCAUAUAUUUUGAUGGACGGAAUGAGCUAAUGUUUCAAGAGAAGGCAAUUUUGGCUUUUGUUGCGGCGAUUGAUCCUUGCCAGAAUGCUGUUACAGCCUCCAGUUAUUAGAUAGCUUUCAUGAUGUUCCCCUUUAUAAACUGAGAGAUUUACUUCCGGUAUUUAAUCUGUUUAUGUAUUAUUUAAAUUAGAAUCUCAACUAGGAAGAAGGCACAAUGUCGUCUUUUUUCUUGGCUGUCAGAUUAGCUUCUUGGACAUUGUUCUUGAAGUUUGCUUAUUGAAAUAGAUUGCUAUUUUGCCAAUUUUAUGUUAUCAUUCUACUUACUUCUCAAUGUGAAAUUAUCAAUCACUAAACAGCUUCCUGGGAUAAAUAAGACUCUUUGGUUGACUGCAUCAUUUUAAGCUUGAAAGUUGAAAUAAAUGAGCUUGCUUGCUUUGCCGGUUAUGAUGAUUGCUUGGCGCUCUCCUGCGUCGUGAAAACAUGGGAAGACGUCUUUAGUAUUAUGUGUGGCUCAAAAGCAUAGGUCCAAAUUUCGGGGAACCCGUACUACUUGACUCUAAAUGCUAUAUUAUAACGGUUAAAGUAAUCCGUUAGCUCUUAAAGAUAUUUUGCAAAUUAUUGAAUAAGUUUGUGUAUUUUACAGGUAAAAUUUGUGAUUUGAUAUUUUAAUUUUUUUUGCUUCAAAUUUUCUCUCGAAUUGUUUUUUUGUUCAGCUUAGUUUUCUAAUUUUUAUUUUUGUUUCAAGUUAAACGUGUUACAACAUUAUUAAAUUUUGUUGCAAAUUGUUUUUUUGAAUUGGGUUAUCUUGAUCUGUCUAAUACUGUGUAUAGAGCACAAAAUGUAAUGAAAUUAUAGGAUAAAUGUUGUUCGUUAAUUAUGGACAAAUUUUGAAGAAAUAUGAUCAGUCAUUAGUAAAAUAUAGAGAAUCUAUGAUUGAAGUAAAACUAAUAUUGAAGAAUAAAUUUAUUGGAUCUUUUUAUUUUAGCAACAAAAUGAUGGAAACAAUUGGUAUGUCGGUUGCAAUUCAAUAUCUAGCAGAGUUCUUCAAUUAAUUUCAAUA